CUCCCUUCCUCCCCUCCCUCCCUCUCCGCAGCCGCUUGUGGCCCAGGCCACCCAUAUCGCAGAGCAGACACGCCGUCCGCUCCCAGUCACACACACACACCCAGUCACUUAUCAGUUCAUCCUUUUCUUUCCAUCAGAUUCUCGCGGACACACCUGGCCCAUAGCACUGCCACAUGGCGGCCUUCCGCGCCCUCCUCGUGCUGCUGGCGCUGCCCCUCGCCCGCUCGCAGAUCACCUCGAAGGCGUGCGCAGACAACUGCUGGACUGCGGCGUGCGCGGCGCACGACUUCGACUGCAUGUGGCUCUGCUUGCAGGGCUGCCCCAAGGGGCACGUGGUAGCGCGCGCGGCGGAGAAGCCCAGGCUGGGGCUGGGCGAGCUGGACGACGAGGCGCGGCGGAGGGCGAUCUCGGAGAUGGAGGUGGCGGAGGAGCAGCACAGGGCGCGGGCACCGAAGCAGACGAAGAGCAUCCGCGGUGCGAAGUGAGCCAGCGGCUCCUGCACCCGACCUGUCGCGCCCGUGCGAGGGGGGCCGCCGUGAGGCCGCCUCCCCCCCUCCCCUCCCAGUCCUGUCGCUGCCACGGUGCACUUCCGUCCCGCCAGGUCUCGCUUGGUGCUCCGAGCACGAAGGGAAACAGCCCAGAAGGGCGCUGCCAUCGGACAGCCAGGGGUUGGGCGGAGGGUGGUGAUGCGGGCGGCGAAAGGGGGUGUGGGCCAGCCAGGUGCCCUCGCGCCAUGCCCGACAUCCUGCCCCCUACCGCUCCCGCCCGUCCCUGCCCACCAUGUGCGCUGAGCUCUUGUCAAUCCGCUGGCUGGUGUGUUGUAGAUGGCCGUGGGCCUCAAGAUGGCCCCACCGUGCGAUGCGCGAUCAGAAGCCGGGGCUUUGUACUUUCGGCGAGGAGGAGAAGGAAGAAGGAG